AUGAACGUCUUCCUAUCGACCGUUGUCGUCAAGGUGCUAGAUGGCUAUGGAAAUGAGCAUUUGGCUCGAGCACUGUUAGAUAGUGGAUCACAAAGCAGUUUCAUUAGUGACCGCCUUUGUCAGAAACUAAGAUUGCUUCGUCAUCGUAUUGACCAACCUAUCCUCGGUAUUGGUGAAUCUCCCAUUCGAGCAGUUUGCUCCGUGACCACCGAAGUGAGAUCGAGAGUUGAUGACUUCUCUAUUCCCCUGAAUUGUUUGGUGCUCAAAAAGCUGACUGCUGAUCUACCUGCUGUAACCAUUACCACUGCAAACUGGCAGAUACCGAACGACAUCACACUUGCUGAUCCCGAAUACAACAUCUCACGAAAGGUAGACCUCAUAAUAGGUGCCGAACACUUUUAUGCAAUCCUCCAGGGUGGCCGGUUGCAAAUUGGCCCACAAGCCCUGACCUUAGUGGAAAACGAAUUUGAAAAUUCCAAACCCACCCUUUCACCCAAUGAUCAAUAUUGUGAAGACUUCUUCAAGGAAACGGUAAGCCGUGAUUCCACUGGUCGUUAUUCUGUAAAAUAUCCGAAGAAGGAAGGAUUUGAAUUGAUGAUAGGCGAGUCUUUUUCCGCUAAAUCCCGUCUCGUCAGCUUGGAAAGAAAAUUGGACAAAAACCCCAUCCUCAAAGAAAGGUAUCAUGCAUUCAUGGCCGAAUUCAUCCAACUAGGACACAUGCUUGAGGUACCUGUUGACGACCCAGAACCUACUGUCGUAUGCUAUCUUCCUCACCAUCCCGUGUUGAAAGAAUCCAGCACCACUACGAAGGUACGCAGUGUUUACAACGCUUCGGCAAAAACAAGCACUGGAUUCUCUCUCAACGAUUCGCUCCGAGUAAGCCCUGUCAUCCAAGAUGAGCUCUUCGACAUCUUACUCCGCUUUCGCAAAAAUUUGGUGGUAUUGUUGGCUGACAUAGAGAAGAUGUAUAGGCAAAUCGUUCUUCACCCCGAUGACCGACCCCUUCUGCGUUUGUUGUGGAGAUUCAGCCCGAACGAACCGAUUACGAAAUAUGAGAUGACAACAGUGACAUACGGUUUGGGCCCAUCCUCGUUCUUGGCUACCCGCACACUUCAUCAACUGGCGGAUGAUAAAGGUGCUUCUUUUCCUCUCGCCGCAGCCUCUGUGAAGCGAGAUUUUCACAUGGAUGAUUUUGUACGGAGUGAAGAAACCAUCGAUAUAGCAAUCCGACUGCGUAAGGAGAUGGACGAACUGAUGAGCCGUGGAGGAUUUUCCUUGAGGAAAUGGUGCUCUAAUUUUCCUGAAGUUUUGGAAGGAGUACCACCAGAAAACCUAGCCCAUCCUAGCACUGAAAACCCCGAACCUGGAGAGGUGGUAAAAGUCUUGGGAAUUUCCUGGGAACCCGAGCAUGAUUUAUUUUGUUUCAAAUUUGCCCCAUUCUCAACCGACGGAAAGAUUACCAAAAAUCGAAUUCUUUCCGUUAUUGCCCAACUUUAUGACCCCUUGGGAUUAAUUGCCCCCGUCGUUGUACGUGCGAAAAUAUUUAUCCAACAACUUUGGUUGAUGUCCAUCGAAUGGAAUGAGGAAGUCCCAAAUGAAAUCCGAACUAGGUGGGAAGAUUUUGUAAAGGACUUGUCAUCGCUAGCUGAGUUUCGGAUCCCGCGGUUUGCCUUUGACAGGGGGGAGAUGCAGCUACAUUGUUUUACGGACGCCUCCGAAUCAGCUUAUGGAGCCUGCAUCUACGCUCGGACGGAGAAGGCCAACGGGGAGGUGAAGGUGGUCUUACUGGCUACGAAAUCCCGAGUAGCACCGCUUCAGAAACGCAGCAUCCCGAGACUAGAACUAUGCGCUGCUCAGCUAGGCGCUCGCUUAUCGACGAGAGUUGUUGACACACUGGACCUGAAAUCUGCACCCAUCUACUACUGGACCGAUUCGAUGGUUGUUAUUUAUUGGCUACGCGCACCAUCACAAACCUGGAAAACCUUUGUAGCUAACCGGGUCGCAGACAUCCACAUCCAAACGAAGAACUCAUCAUGGCAGCAUGUUCCCGGAGUAAACAACCCAGCUGAUGUCGUAUCUAGAGGCUUGACUGUGCACCAGCUUCUGACCUGCAAACUAUGGACCAAUGGUCCCGAUUGGUUGGGAAGGGGAGAGGAAUAUUGGCCGAAGUUAGAGAUCCCGAGAACCACUAAUACGCAUGGAGACACUGAGCGCAAAACCACCACCUUGCUAAUCCAAAAUCCACCACCACUUAACCCUUUGUUUACUCGAUCAUUCUCGUACAAUCGUUUGCUCCGUACGACUGCUUAUUGUUUGCGAGUUUCUCGGAAGGCGAGAAAAGAACUCAAAGAAUCCACUUUAAUCCUCACUCCCACUGAACUCGAAUCUGCCAGAGACUGCCUGGUAAAAUUAGUUCAAGCAGAAUGUUACCACACCGAAUGGAGCUUUCUACGAAAAGGGAAACCGGUACCCAAAAAAUCCGCACUGCGUUUGUUAAAUCCUUUUGUUGAUGCUUCGGGAAUAAUCCGAGUCGGUGGCCGGCUCAAAUUGUCCUUGGAAACCUUUAGCACCAAACACCAAAUCCUGCUCCCCGGAUUUCACCGUUUCACCCGAAUGCUUUUGUUGUCAUUUCACAACAAAUUGGUUCACGGGGGAAUAGCGCUUACGCUGGGUGUAGUGCGCAAUGAAUAUUGGCCUACAAAUGGGAGAAGAGCAGUGCGCAGCGUAAUUCGAACCUGUUUUCGUUGUACUCGAGCAAACCCUAAGCCUCUCAAGCAACCAAUUGGCCAAAUACCCCUUGCCCGAGUUACCCCAAGUCGUCCCUUCGCAUCAACUGGCAUUGACUAUUGUGGCCCGGUGUUUGUUAAGUCCCCGAACCGUAAAUCUGCUCCCACCAAAGCCUAUAUUGCCCUAUUUGUCUGCUUUAGCACAAAAGCAGUUCACAUUGAGCUUGUGGGGGACCUAUCCACAGCCUCAUUUCUCUAUGCUCUACAACGUUUCGUGGCCAGACGUGGCAAACCUCAACACAUCUACUCCGACAAUGCCACAAAUUUUGUUGGAGCUCGAAACGAGCUACACGCUCUCUACGAAAUGUUCUCAAGCCCCAAGGAAACCGAUCGUAUCGCUACCGCUCUCGCAACCGAGGGCAUACAAUGGAAGAUGAUCCCCCCGCGUGCACCCAACUUUGGCGGCUUGUGGGAAGCCGCCGUGAAGGUUGCGAAAAAACAUUUGGUUCGUCAGUUAGGCAGCACCUCUCUACUGUACGAGGACCUAGUGACGAUUUUGUCCCAGAUCGAGGGAGCAAUGAACUCGAGACCGUUGGUCCCUUUGUCUGAAGACCCCAACGAUUUCGAAGCCAUCACUCCAAGCCACUUUUUGAUUGGCUCUCAACUGCAAGCCCUUCCACAUCCCGACCUAAAGGACGUUCCUGAGAACCGGCUGAAGAAUCGCUAUCAGGUUAUCCAACAAAAGCAGCAGCUAUUUUGGUACCACUGGCAGACAGAGUACCUCAAAGAGCUGCAACGGCAAUCUACUACCAACCCGCAGCAAGUGAAUCUCAAAAUCGGCCAGGUGAUGAUUCUUCAAGAUGACCUGUUACCCCCGGUGCGCUGGCCUCUCGUGCGCAUCAUGGAACUACAUCCUGGAGCUGACGGUGUGACACGGGUGGUUACCAUCCGCACACCCACUGGUGCUAUCUUCAAGCGUGCUGUGGUCAAGCUGUGUCCGUUGCCUACGAUGGACGAGGAGGAGUCGUCGACAGCCCCCCGCACCAGGUGA